AUGACGCAGCUUCCCUCCACAGCGAAAACAGAGGCUCAAAACCAAAGCGAAACUCUGCACCAGAUACAAGAUACUGAGAAGCUAUCACAGGAUACCCCUGGAGCCGAAAAGGAGGAACCAACAUCUAUAUUUCAAGGCCUUGGUAUUCUUGACCGGUUUUUAGCUCUAUGGAUCUUUCUGGCAAUGGCAAUCGGUAUCAUUCUCGGGAAUUUUGUGGAUAAUAUAGGACCUGCUUUACAAAAGGGAGCCCUUGUGGGCGUCUCACUGCCAAUUGCGAUUGGGUUACUUGUCAUGAUGUAUCCAAUCCUCUGCAAUGUGCGCUUCGAGUCUUUGCAUCAUGUGUUCGAAUCUCGUGAGAUAUGGAUUCAGUUGGCCUUUAGCAUAUUUAUAAACUGGAUCAUUGCUCCAUUUCUCAUGCUAGCGCUUGCAUGGGCAUUUUUACCAGAUGAACCUGAGCUCAGAGAGGGACUGAUUUUGGUCGGCCUAGCUAGAUGUAUUGCCAUGGUUCUUAUCUGGACGGGCCUUGCAGGAGGGGACAAUGAAUACUGCGCAAUCUUAGUUGCCGUCAACUCCUUGUUGCAGAUGGUGCUCUUUGCUCCCCUUGCGCUACUAUUUAUCAAAAUAAUUAGCCACUCAGAGACCUCGAUCUCACUAUCUUAUCCUGUGGUAGCAGAGAGCGUUGCUGUCUUCCUUGGGAUACCUCUUGGUGGUGCCAUAGUCACCCGGCUUAUCCUGCGGAACUUUGCUGGACCCACAUGGUACGAUAAGGUAUUCAUGAAGUGGCUUAGUCCAUGGUCCUUAAUUGGGUUAUUAUUCAUCAUCCUGGCCCUCUUUGCAUCUCAGGGGAAGCAGGUUGUUCAUCAAAUCGUGUCCGUUGUUCGAGUCGCUGCACCCCUUCUAGUAUAUUUCAUCAUAGUGUUUUUCUCUACACUAUACCUCACUUUUCGGCUGGGCUUUGGAUAUCGAUUGUCAACCACGCAAAGUUUUACCGCUGCAAGUAAUAACUUUGAGCUUGCAAUUGCAGUUGCGAUUGCAACAUUUGGUACAGAGAGCAGUCAAGCUCUUGCUUCAACCGUUGGUCCAUUGAUAGAAGUUCCUGUUCUUUUAAGCCUGGUUUAUUUUGUCAGGUUUGUUGCUAAAAGGACCAAAUGGAAUCCCUAG